UUUAGCAGGUGUCCGAUCCCGACUCCGACAACAGCCAAGUUCAACAGGUCCGUCAUGGAUCCCCCUUUCAAAAUCGAACGUUUGCCGGAUAUGCGGGAAAGCGCUGGUAGGGUCUGCUUUUCCGCCCGAGACAUGACACCGGUGGAAGAAAGGGGAGGCCUAUGGCGGUUGCCGAUGUCGCAUUUACCACUACUGCAACCAGUUGCCUUGUUAUACAACAGGGACUACUUUAAUACCAUUGUUGUUGCACAAGCCAAAGCUAAAGGGCUAAGCAUCACCUUCGAUCACGGCCUGGAGUGCCUUUGGGUCGAAAACGCCCUGGUACCGAGCAAGGGUCAAAUGUUGGUGAUCAUUGUGCUUCCGAAGCCACUGGAACCCCAGGCUGCUAGAGUGCCAGUGCCACGAGGAAUGGAAACCUUGAUUCACGAAGAGCCACGAAGGUCCGGCGCCAACGUUUUACAACGAUGCUUAUAUGGGCCAGCAUCUGCUGACUAG